AUGGAAUCUGGGGCGCAAUAUGGACGCGCAAAUGCUAAAAUAAUGCUCAUAACAGGGGUCGGCGAUAGCUUGGAGGCUGGGAAAACAGAUCUGACCCGUUCCUUGACGCACAUGUGCUCGUCUGGUUAUACACAGAAUUAUUCUAAUUACAGUAUCACAAACUACACCCGAACUACAUUCUCACAAGGCUCUCAGGAAAAGAUGAGAACAAAUAUGCGUAUUCUCUUAACGCUUUGUAACGUCGACGAACCACGGCAUACUCUACGGGAGUUGAAUUUGCUAUGUUAUCGCAUGGAUUGGACAAUAGUAUUGUGCUAUUCAGUAAGCCAUUUUAUUAUUGGUUUCAUUUCUUUGGCCCUGUUAUCUAAACUUUCGAUAAGUUUCCGUAGAAACGUGAGCUGA